AUGUCGCACCGGAAAACCCAUUCCCUGCUAAGAGAUGAACAAAAGGCCCUAAGGGAGCUGAAAGCGGACACCGAAAUAGUUAUUCUGCCUGCUGACAAAGGCCGGUCAACCGUCAUCCUCGACAAGGUGGACUACCGACGCAAAGCCCUCCUGCUCCUCAACGAUCGAGAGUCCUACAAAGUCAGCGACGCCGCCAGUCUAAAGUCCCUAGUGGCAAAGGUUAACAGAAUUCUGGCUCGACUAAAAAAGGACAAGGUCAUCACCGUCAAAGACUGGUAUAUGGCAAAGCCCACAGAAACCGCUAUGGCGAGAUUCUAUGGUCUCCCAAAAGUACACAAGCCAGAUGUUCCCCUCCGUCCUAUCGUCUCGCUCCGAGGCACACCCACAUACGGGCUUGCAAGCUGGCUAUUUCAGAAGCUAAGAUUCCUAACUGCAGGCUCACAAACAACGGUGCACUCAGCAGAACAAUUCCUUGGCAAAAUAAGGGCAGUCACGAUCGAACCGAAUGAAAGGAUGGUGUCUUUUGACGUCGUCUCACUCUUCACGUCCAUACCACAGGCCCUUGCGGUCGAAAAGCUCAGUGAUCUGCUACGUCAAAAUUACGACGGGGGCGAUGGCCAGCCCACAGCUCAGGAUCUCAUAGAACUCAUGGGGUACUGCCUCAAGACAUUCUUUACCUUCGAAGGGACCACAUACGAGCAGAUCAAGGGCACUCCAAUGGGUUCACCAAUCUCCGGACUCAUUGCCGAGGCAGUUCUACAAAAACUCGAGAGACGACUAUUCGAGGAGUACAAGCCCAAGUUUUGGGCACGCUACGUUGAUGACACCUUCGUCAUCAUAGACCAGGAUAAAAUCAACUACUAUGCGGAAGUACUGAACUCAAUUAUGCCCGAUCUACGGUUCACGAUGGAAGAGGAAGUCGAGGACAAACUUCCAUUCUUGGAUGUUCUCAUCUGCCGCCAACCAAAUGGCGAACUAGCGACGUCAGUCUACAGAAAACCGACGAACACGCUGCAAAUUGUCAGCUACAACAGCAACCACCCGCCACAACACAAACGAAGCUGUGUCCGCACGCUGUACCGACGGGUGGAAACUCAUUGCAGCACGCCAGCCGCCAAACUGAAUGAGAUAAAGCUCCUCCGAGAACUUUUCAGAGCCAAUGGCUAUCCGCGGGCAUUCAUUGAACGAAGCCGGAGACAGCCAAAGAAACGGAACGAGGAGCAUAGUCAGCCAAACUCGUGGCGGAGCAUUCCGUACAUUAAAGGGGUCUCCGAAGUCGUGGCUCGAUCACUCGCGCCACUCGGAAUAGGUGUUGCCCACAGGCCUGACUCAACAAUCCGCCGGCAAGUGAUGCGGCCGAAAGAUCCCAUCCCUAAGCAGGAGAUGUCGGCCGUUGUCUACCGACUUCAAUGCAGCUGCGGAAGUUGCAACUACGUUGGGGAAACCGGCCGACGGCUGCAAACGCGAAUGCACGAGCAUAAGUUGGCCGUGCGAAGGUUGGACCCAAAGUCGGAGGUAGAAACCCAUGCCGCGCAAAUGGGACACAUCUUCAACUUUGACGCCGUUGAGAUUGUGGGCCGGGGCGGCGAUCACACAGCAAGGCAAGUGCAAGAAGCCUGGAUGUCCACCGACCGCUCUGUCAACCGCCACAUCAAUUUGCUCCCCCCUUAUCUGACUUUACGAACUUUCUUAGCGGGGGACAGUCACGGCGCGGGACAAUCGGGGCCGUCAGUCAUCACCGCGGCCGACGGGAGCGAUUCAGGUCACGGUGACAUGCGGGUUGGAUGCAGCCACACAGGCGGCAUUGGCGGAUCACACAUUGGACAAAGGGCGCCAUAA